GUGAUCAGCGCUUCAUCAUUGCUGAACUUCGUCAUGGCCAGCUUCACCCAACCACUGCGCAUCACCCGACGAGGUCAGCAUCGAGUCGAAAACACCGACACCGGCGACGAGACGAGCGGCGGGUGCGGCGAGCUUAAGAAGUCAGAAGAAUUCCGAAAGGCCAAGCGGCCUGGCCGA